AAUAAAAAUUAUAAACAAAAAAGGCGUGAUUCUUUGUUCCUUCCAAUUGGCCAAGUAGGGGUUCGUGAUGAUAGAUCUGUCGCAAUGGAGAACAAGCGUAGGGGCCUGGAACUGCUGUCUUCUUCUUCCUCGGUCUUGUUGUGAGUCUAAUAGCAAGAGUUCUUCAUCUUCGUGUGCAUGUGACACUUUUGCAUCUUGUGAUUUCAUUUUGCCUCUUCUCUGUGUGUCACUCCUCCUCUUUAUAUCAGGAAACGUAGAACCAAACCCAGGACCUACCAUUACAGAUAAGCCAGGAAAAGACGAUUUAAUUCAUUUGUUAAGAUCAUCUGAAUUUACUGCUGGGACUUGGGAACAGUUUGUCUGUUGUCUUCCUAAAAUGAACCAAGAAAUUUUAGCUGAUAUGAAGCAUGGACUGGAAGAAGAGGAAGCUCACAGUAUUGUUGUUCAGAAUUUUCUUGAUAAUAAUCCUCAUGUGACAUGGAGAGUCGUAAUUGAUGCAUUGCAUGAUUCUCAUGAGACAGCCAUAGCUCACCAAAUAGAAAUGAAAACCAGUGAAGUGAAUAUGAAAGGUGUCUGGACAAUUGUACAAGAUGUACUCACUCGCCAUUACUCUGCUCUAAGUGAUACUGUGGAGCAUUGCAUUGAUAAAGUUGCUGGUGAACUGUACAGCAAGGAACUCAUUAGCAGAGCAGUAAGGAAUUCACCCGAGUACAGAACAAUCCAUGAUGAGUUUGUAGCUGGAAUGAAGUUAAAGAGAGACUUGUUAUCCCUUGAAAAACAUUGCCAGAAUUUUUUGGAUUCUUUUAUUGCAGUAGGUGGUCCUGUACAGUUAGCUGCUAACUUGCUGGGCACAAAUUGGAAAGAGGAAGUUGAAAAAAGUCAGAAUGUAUCGAUUUCUUUGGCCACUAAGAAUGAAGAUUCGUCAAACAAGGAGCCUAAAAUUUUGAAAAAAAUAGUCUUAAAUUCCAAGUGUGAGGUUUCCCGGGGUCUUUGGAGUCUACAAAAGCAGUUUAUUUCUCUCCUUAAAGAUAUAAGGAAGUAUUAUGAUGAAUGUGGCUCGUACAAAGUAAUUGAUGUUGCUCGUUGGAUGUCAGAAUAUUUCAGAAAAACUGGUUUUGUUCACUUGCAGACAAUUGAUGAUCUUUUUGAUGCAAUUCAACCUCAUUAUGACUUUCUGAAUAUUGAGGUAAUUCAAGACCUUUCUGAAGAGUUCGUUUUAAGCGAAAGGCUGCAGUCUGCUAUUGAAAAAUAUGAAAACGAAUUAACAAAAUUUGAAGAGUCUGUUGAAAUUCAAGACAUGAAAGCUCAAAUUGAAAAAGUUUCUUUACCAAUUGAGGGAGGUAACUCUAGAAUAUUGAUUAGGUUGACUGGCAGGUGGAGAUCUAAAACAGUGGAAAACCUUCGUCAACUUGUCAAGUACCUUUUUGAGAAAAAUUCAAAGCAUUUUAAACUAAUCGAUAUUGAUGAGGGGUCUGUCAUUGUUGUGUUUUUUGUUCCUUCUUCUGUAACGCAAUCCAUUAUCGAUCACAUCUCGAACAAAAUCACCUUUUUGCAUCACCUUGGUGUCUUCAAAAUAUUUGUUGAUGAUAAAAUUAUAUUCGAUGUUGAAGAAGAUAUAAAUUUUUCUUUUGAGGAGUCACUUUUCAAUGUUAUAAAACUUAUUAACAGUGGCAAAGAGUAUGAAAAAAUUGUGUUCCUCCUGAUAGGUUUAAAGGUUAACGUUAACUAUCAAAAUACCAAAGGAGAGACUGCAUUACUGGUAGCAAGUGAACAUGGAUUGAUCAACAUAUUUAUGGCAUUAGUAUUAAAUGGUGCUGAUACGAUCGUACAACUACCAAAUGAAAAUCACAUUGGAUUAAAUUACUUGGCCUGUACUGCUCUUUCAAAGCAUAUGCACACAACACUUGGUGAAGAUAGAGUGAAUAUACUUAAGAACAGUACAUCGGUUUUUGAGCUAUUCGAUAUUGCAAUCAAGAAGAGAAGAAUUGUUUGGUACCUUUACAAGCCUUUCAUCUUGUUGGUUGCUGCAAAACUGGAAGAAAGGUUUCAGAAUCUUAAUAAUGAUUUUGAGGAGCUGUGUAGUAAAUUUGUUGCUAUUACGAGUAAUAACAAAGUUUUAUUGUCAAAGAUGAGGGACUCUUUCGACUUUUGUAUUGACACAGAGUCAAAUUUUCUGGAACAACUACAACCUUAUUACUCAUGCUUUAAUGUCAAAAUUUUCAUUAAAAGUGGAGCUGUUAUUGAUAAUCAUGAUUUUCAGAAUCUUGUUGAGUCUUACUCUUCUAAACUGACUAAAUUUAAAGAUACAACUACUUUGGCAGAGCUUGCUGUGGCUACAGAAAAAGAAACAGUGCAAAAUUUGUCAUUGCACAAAGGUUUUUCAAUAUUAAAAAUCAUUUUUGGCAAGAAUUGGGGCUCUAUUUUUCUAUCAGUUUUUUUAAAGUUUGUGAGCUUACCUAGUUUAUCUACUGCAGCACAUUCUCUAAAUUUCCUCAAAGUUUCGGCACAUAACCACAACUCAUUUGUCUGUUACUUCCUUGUUCCACAUUCACAAAUGCAGGCAAUUUUUGACAUCGAACAGGAAUUGCUGGAAGGUAAUUUUGACAUAGAUGGAGUAUUUAUAGAUGACACUCCUAUAGUCAUAAUAAAUAAAGACAAGAUCUCUGCAAUGAGCAUUUUGGAUGCCAGAGAAGAGAACCCACGCAUACAAUUAAUUGAAAGGAGGAAUCAUUUAGAAGAUGAUCAUGGUCAUACAACAAAAGAGGACCAAUUAUUAGAAAAUAUCAAACAAGGCAAGAUUAAUGCAAUCAAGCAUCUCCUUGAUCAUGGAAAGUGUAAUACAAAUUAUAGAAAUGAUAAAGGGGAAACCUUUUUGAUGGUAGCUGUGCGUUCAGGACAAUAUGAAAUAUUCCAAAUUUUAUUGGACAAGACUUCAGAUAUCAAUUCCCAGAAUCAGCAGGGUAAUACAGCACUAAUAAUUGCCUGUGAAGAAGAACAGCACAAAAUGAUUGAACUUCUACUUGACAAUAAUGCUAAUCUCAACAUUCGUAACAAUGUAGGGAUGACUGCUUUAAUGUGUGCAUGCCUAUAUGGACUUUACCUUGUAGUGGAAUUAUUAUUAGACAAAGAUCCUCAACUGGAUAUUCAAAAUGAAGAAGAAAUGACUGCUUUAAUAGCUUGCUGCUCUGCAAAUCAUUGUGAAGUUGCUGAACUCUUACUUAGUAAAAACCCUAACGUUAACAUUCAAAAUGGUGACGGGGCGUCUGCACUAAUGUUUGCUAGUUUUAAUGGGGACAUUAAGACUACUGACUUAUUGCUAAGCAAAGAUCCAGAUUUAAAUCUACAAAACAACGACGGACAAACUUCUUUGAUGAUUGCUUGUGAUAAAGGACAUCAUAGUGUUGUUGAACAUUUGCUUCGUAAUGAUCCAGGCAUAGAUAUUCAAGAUAAUGAAGGAAUGACAGCUUUAAUGUUAGCUUGUAUGGGUGGCCAUUAUAAAGUGGUUGAGCUUUUGUUAAUGUAUAAUCCAACAAUCAGCAUAAUAGAUGAUGAAGGAUGGACUGCUUUAGAGCAUGCCAUUGACAGUGGACACAACAGUAUUGCAGAGCUAUUGGUACCUGACUUCAACAAGUCAAUGCUUGAUAUUAAUUAUGAAACAGUUUUUUAUCCUGAACAGGAUUUCUAGUUUAUAGUUUGUGGUAAGACAU